AUGGGCUUUUGGUCGUCGAGUGUUAUGCUGACUUCAGUUAUUCCAGAAGAUGAUUUCGAUGAAUCGCAAAAGUCCAACCAGUACACGAAUCGUUUAAUUACGUAUGGGUCAUACCAUUACCUCAUACUCGUUCUUUCAAGUUGUUUCUUUGUUUGGAUUCUGCCGAUAUCAUAUCAUAAACAAAAUUCUUCGAAAGCAGUUAGCUGCAAGCCCAAUCUAGCCGUCCAAGAUAAUGCUGCCGGCAGUUUGUUUCGACCAAAUGACGAAUCUGACGACCAAGAGGGUGAACUCGAAGUGACUACAACAGCUACCGAUCCAUGUCUAGCGUCAAAGCCAUUUCUCUACAAAGCUGCUCGCGACCAAUACUUCGGAGAUAUGCUAUACGAAAAAGAUAAGAACAGGUGGUCGGCUACAUACUUAUUAUGCAAGAAAGUCAAAACAGUUUUCGACUGA